AAAAGAGUACAGGCGUGUGCACUGGUGGCUAAAAUGAAUAUGCAACAGCCCUUUCAAAAGCCAUCAACACAAAGCCAAGCGCUAGCAUCCAUGCUAACGCUAGCUUGCUAGCGUUGCCAUUUCAACCCGAAGCGCGCCGGUGAAAUAUAGAAAUGUGUCACAUAAGCAGGCGAGCGUCGGUGUUUAUUAAUAAAAUAUGCUAAGUCCUGUUUGUCGACGGAUGUAUGAAUAUGUAGCGGCCGUCUAAUCACACAAAAGGGGAGGCAUGUUUCCAUGUAAUUUAUCGUCCUUCGGCCAAUAGCUCGUUUCCUGCUAUGUCAAAUUACUGCUGUCGAGCACCGAGAACAGUAAACGAGGGCUUAUUAUCGUGCUGUUCUGUUUUGUACACGUGUGUAAUUGAUAUAUCUCAAAUCGUAGAAUGGUUUGAAUAUGACUAUGAAUAUGUAAAAUGCCGUAAUCAUUACCUGUUCCUGAACUCUCAUCUUGACUCGCUGCUCCUCCGUCCGCCAUUUUGAAUAUUUAACCACACGAUCCAGCCCUGCCCGCUACGUGCGCGGGCACGCACAUAGAAGCGCGCGACCUGUGCAAUGUACUGUAUUUACAUAAUGAUAACCAUAUAUUAAACUUAGCUUGAUUAGACGUUUUGAGUGUUGAUUUUGAAGGUUUGGGUAUUCGUUUUGUUCAACAUGUAAAAAAUAAUUACAAGCACGAUAAAGUCAAAAAUUUGAAUACAAUCCAAACACAAUUUUACCAUUACACUUCCUCUGCACUUUUGAUGAAAAUGAGCAACUAUGCUAGACUCUGUUUUGUUUUAUCUUACAUUUUAUCUUCCAUAUCCGUUCAAACCAUUCAAUCCACAAAGUGCAGCCUGCUUCAAGACAUGUUCUAAAAAUAUAAUAAUAAAGACAAUCCCCCCCCAAAAACAAUAAUAAUAAUAAAAAAAGUCUUAAUAUUAAGAGGAAAAAUAAAUGAAUUGUUUUAUGAAAACCUAAGAAUAAAAAGUAAUUUUUUGGGACUGACAUUGUAUUAUUAUAAGGAAAAUAAACAUAAUUUUAGUAACAUAUGGUUCAAAUAUUAAAGAAAAAUGUUUUUUAGGUGUAAUAUUAUGAGAAACAAAUGAAGCUAUACGUUUUGGGAACAUUAGUUGUGGAAAAACUUGUAAUAUUAUGAAAAUAAAGUUAAAAUGUGAAAAUAAAGUCAGAAUUACGGGAAGAAUAUUCAAAAGAAGAAAGUUGAAAUAAUUGGAAAGAAACAGCUGAAAUGGAACACACCGAUCCAGACAAUCCCAAACACGCUGAAUGGGUGACCAUUCGAAUAUGAGGUGUUGCUCGUGGAUGAAUGGCACAACAAUGGGCUUCAGGAUCUGUGUUGUGGUCCCAGUGGCCAAAGGUGGUGUAAUGGUCAGGAAAAAAACUAAGCUAACCUCUGGGCGACCCCCGUGAGCCAUAUUCAGUCAUUAGGUCUGAAAUCACAGGCGUGCUGUAAAACCAGAGCUCUGAAAUUGUUGAAAUGAUCCCAGUUACAAUUAGUAUCCAAUCUUUCAUGAUCCCAUAUUCCCAUUUUUGAACAGAUCUGACACUAAUUCAAAUGUUACAGUUCAGUAGAUGGGUAGUUUUUAUUGAUACAAUACUACACCCUGCAGGUCAUAAGGAACACAACAAUGUGUUCAUGUACUGUCUGUAGGGGUACUAACUUCCAGGAAGUAGAAUGGGAAAGUAUAAGAAUUACCCGGGGAAAAAGACAUGGAAUUUGAAAAAUCAGAUCAUGAAAAAAGUUCACUUUACGCAACUGGGUGACUAACCGUAAACUUUUAUAAUAAUUUGUACACAAAGUCACAAAGAUUCACACUUCCUCCUUGACGUGUUUAACCAAUAAAAGACUAAUUUCAUGUCAAUUGGUCCUAUGGUGACAUGUGACCUCUUGCUGUUCACUUAUUACCUGGAAGAGUCAAGUGCACACACCUGAGAGAUCACCCACAAGGUGAGGCGGGCUUUUGUUCCUGUCCACCAAGGACGUCAUUUUCAUCAGAGUUUGACUUUUAAUGCAACAAUGGCAGCAGCAAGGAAGCAGAUUGGGUGGCUGGAUCUACUUUUUAUACUUACAGUGCUUACCGGCUGCAGGAGCUUGCAGGUUUCAAUCCCACAGAAGGAAUAUGUGGCCGCAAAUGGAGACGAUAUUACUCUGACCUGCUCCUUCAUUCCCGCCAAGCUCGACUUUAGCAUCCUGCUUGUCACAUGGGAGGCGCAUCCGGACGACACUGAGGAUACAAUGAAAACUGUGGCCACCUUUUUUUUAAACAACCCGGUGGACAUCGCCCCCGAUUAUGAAGGUCGAGCAUUUUUGGAAGUGGAUGUUGCCCGUCAACAAAGCACGCUGCGUUUAACAAAGCUGACUGUGAAGGACAGUCGUAGCUUUCAAUGCAGUGUGAAGAUCCCCAAUGAUGAUGAAGGAACUACCGCUGCCUCCGCUUCCCUUCUAGUUCUAGUGGCUCCCUCGGCGCCCCUGUGUAGGCUUCAGGGAACAGCAGAAUAUUGGCAUGACGUCACCCUAACCUGCAAGUCUGAGGAGGGCUCCCCAAAACCUAGCUACCAAUGGAAGAGCUACAGUGUGGAGAACAUCCCCAGACAGUUCCCACCCAAGACCACAGAGAAAGAUGGAACGCUAUCACUUUUCAAUAUUUCAAGGGAGACAUCUGGCUUCUUUAUUUGUUUAUCAACUAAUCGAGUUGGCUCUGCCAGCUGCAACUUCACCUUAGCCGUGAUUCCUGGCGGCACAAAUAUUGGGGCUACUGCAGGUAUAAUUGGAGGUGUCAUCGCUGGAAUCAUCGUUCUCGGAAUCGUCAUCUUCUCCUGCUGUAAGAAAAGGGGUGAAAAGGACAAGCAUGCUAAAGGAGAGAUGGAAUUUUCUGACAAAGGAACUGGAACUCAGUACCGGGAUGAAGAGUCCGAUGGCGUAACACAGCAGACUGAAUACAAAGAUGCUGUUCUUCAGAACCAUCACUGUGCUUGCGAUAGCGACGGGGAAAACAAUGAUGGCGACGGCACUCAGCGUUACCAGGACAGCCAACAUGAUCACCGCCGCCGCGAUCACCUGGACGAAAAACGUUUUGAGGAACGGAACGAGCACAGAGGUAGUCGCGACAGGCUUGGCAACUGGCAAGGUAGUCGCGAUCGCCUGGAUGAUCAGCGCAACCGUUACGGUGGUAGUUGGGAUCGCUUGGACGAAUGCCAUGAGUACAGAGGUAGCCGCAACAGGCUCCACGAUCAGCGUGACCAUUAUGGCAGAAGCCGAGACCGCCUCGAAGAACAAAGGCAGUACAGAGGGAGUGGAGAAAGGCUCAACGACCCUCGAGACCGCUACGGUGGAAGUUGGGAUCGCCUUAAUAACCCCUACGACCGCUAGUUUACAUUGUUGGAUUAAUGGUAGGGAUGUAACGUGUACCAUUACCAUGGUUACUACAUACUGUAUUUUAGUUUUAAGGCCAUGGUUAGGUUCAUUCCCUUGUGUAGCAAGGGAACAAAAUGCAGAACAUACAACUUAAUGAAAUAAUUUUUCAAAUUAAACAUCAAAAACUGCUAACCGUAGCAGGUAAUUCUCUGAUACAUUUGUAGUAGCAGUAACAGU